CUGACACUGGAUGACUGGAAACAGCAGAGAUGAAGGAGCUAUGGGUUAUGGUUGUCUUUGCUACAGUGUCUUUAUCACAGGGGGAUCUCACCACAUCAUCUGACAUUCCAACCACCAUUGACAUAACUACCUCAACUACUACUGCUCCUAUAACCUCUGACACUCCAACUACUACUGCUCCUAUAACCUCUGACCCUCCAACUACUACUGCUCCUAUAACCUCUGACCCUCCAACUACUACUGCUCCUAUAACCUCUGACUCUCCAACUACCACUGCUCCUAUAACCUCUGACCCUCCAACUACUACUGCUCCUAUAACCUCUGACCCUCCAACUACUACUGCUCCUAUAACCUCUGACCCUCCAACUACUACUGCUCCUAUAACCUCUGACCCUCCAACUACUACUGCUCCUAUAACCUCUGACCCUCCAACUACUACUGCCCCUUUAACGCCUGACUCUCCAGCUAGUGCCCCUCCAACUAAUGACAUUCCAACUACUGAUACACCAACUACUGACCUUGCAACUACUGAAACUCCAACUACCGACAGUCCAACUACUGAUAAUCUAACUACUGACACUCCAACUACCGACACUCCAACUACUGACACUCCAACUACCGACAGUCCAACUACUGAUAAUCUAACUACUGACACUCCAACUACUGACACUCCAACUACCGACAGUCCAACUACUGAAUACUCUGCAGCUACUACUGGUCAUCCAACUACUGGUUACCUAAAUACUACUGAUCCUCCAGCUACUGGUUACAUAAAUACUACUGGUCUUCCAACUACUGGUUACCCUACCUCUAUCCCUAUCACCAGUAUCAGUCUCCCCACCAUCUCUACCAACUCCACCAACACCUUUUCCACAACCUUUACCAACACCUAUCCUACCAUCUCUAACACCACCACUACCUCUCCUACCACCUCUCCCACCACGUCUAACACCACCUCCACCACCACCUCUCCCACCAUGUCUAACACCACCUCUCCCACCAUGGCCCUGGACUGCACUGCACCGCAACGUAUUGGACCUGUGGCCAGAGUCACAAGCAGUCUCAUGCCUUGGGAAGCCCCCAACUCCAACACCACCAAAAACAGAGGGAAAGUACAGAGACCUGCAGGCCAAAGGACAGAGCGAGAGGUUAGGUCGUCGUCGCGACAGGCCCUUGGGUUUGAGGAGAGGAGACACUAA